AUGGGACCAUUCCCUCCAUCCUACGGUCAACAAUACAUACUGGUGACAGUGGACUACAUGUCCAAGUGGAUUGAAGCUGUGGCUUUGCCAACUAACGAUAGUCGAGUAGUAACUCAAUUUCUGAAGAAAAAUAUUUUCACGAGGUAUGUGAAACAUCGUGUCUCAACUCCAUACCAUCCUCAGACUAGUGGGCAAGUAGAAAUCUCCAAUAGGGAGUUAAAUAAGAUUCUCGAAGUUAUGGUCAAUGCAUCACGUAAAGAUUGCGUUAAGAAACUAGAUGAUGCACUUUGGGCAUAUAGAACAGAAUUUAAGACUCCAAUUGACAUGUCUCCCUAUCGGUUGGUAUUUGGGAAGGCGUGUCAUCUGUUAGUUGAGUUAGAGCAUAAAGCAUGCUGGGUGACACACUUGCUCAAUUUCAAUAUGAGAGCAGUAGGAGAAAAGAGGGUUCUACAGUUUCAUGAGUUAUAUGAGUUUCGUUUGGAUUCAUAUGAGAAUGCAAAGAUUUACAAGGAAAAGACCAAGAGAUGGCACGACAGGCAUAUAAAGGAGAAGGAGUUUGAGGUUGGUCAGCAAGUAUUGAUGUUCAAUUCACGCCUCAAGCCUUUUUUGGGAAAGCUCAAGUCUAGGUGGUCAGGUCCCUUCACAAUAGUAGCUGUAUUUCCACAUGGUGUUGUAGAAGUGGUGUCUCAAGAUCAACAAAAGAGGUUCAAAAUAAAUGGACAACAGUUGAAAGCUUAUUGGAGAGGUGUCUACUCCAAUGAGAAAACAACCGUGGCACUUGACAAUGCAGAGUAG